CGGCAGCGGGGAAGAGCCCUGGCCUUGGCCGCCCUGCGGGUGUGCACCGCGCUGCCGGUGCGGGCACUCGUCCCCCUCAUGGCUGGCUGUCUGGGUCUUCUUGUGGUCGGCGUGGUGGGCAGCGUCCCGACGGUGCGUGUUCGCAGGCACCGCGGGAUGAAGACCACCACCAACCUCUGCCUGGGCAGCAUGGCCGUCUCGGACCUGCUCAUCUUCCUGGCACUGCCCUUCGACCUCUGCCGGCUCUGGCGCCUCUGGGUCUUGGGGCAGCUGCUGUGCUGCUUCUCCCUCUAUCUCAGCGAGGGCUGCACCGGCUGCACCCUCCUCCACAUCACCGCCCUCACCGAGGAGCGCUACCUCGCAAUCUGCUUCCUCAGGGCCACCGUGGUUGUCACCGAGCGCCGGGUCAAGGCUGUCAGCGGCAUCCUCUGGGUCUUUGCCUUCCUCUCUGCUGGCCCUUUCUUCUUCCUUGGUGUGAAGCAGCCUGACAACCACACCGACUUCACUGAGUGCAAGCCCACCCCGCAGGCCAUGGAGUCCAGCUCACUGGCCACCAUGCUCUGGGUCACCACCUCCUACUUCAUCCUGCCCAUCAUCUGCCUCCAUGUCCUGUGUGGCUUCAUGAGCCGAGAGCUGUGGCAGAGCAAUGCCCAUCUGCAGGGCCCCAGCGUGGUCCUCUGCGAGAAGGAGCACCACCAGGCAGUCAGUAUCUUGGAACAAGCAGGGACCAUAAAGUACUAAGAAUGAUGGGCAACUCAUGAAAGAUAAAUCAACAGGAAAAGCUGGAGUAAAUUGGCAGUAAAACUGUGGUUUCAGCUUGUUACAAGUCGUUUGUUGCAUAUUGUGUUCUGCACAAUUUCUAGUGUGUUCUAAAAAUUGUACUAUCAAGGAUCACAAAGCAGUUUGAAGUAGGAGCUCUGGUUGGAUGCAGUGGUGGGUAAAGCUUCCAACAGCCUUUGCUGUUUUAAAAUGCUUUUCUUACAAACAAGAUUUUACAAAACACAGCCUUGCAAGAAGAUGGACACAAAAGAAAUUGCCCACCACUCCAAGCAUCCUUGGAAGAAGCGUGCAUAUAUUUUUAGUACCUGCUCAUGUAAUCAUGAAGGGAAGUUUUCCAGUUUCCCAGAUUCUUCCCUUGUCAAGGAUCUUCUCUGGGCUUAACCCUUGUUGUCAGAUGAUGGUUCUUAAUUAUACACUAGCAACCAAUCCCCUAAAUCAGUAAGAAUUCAGAUAUCCCCCAUCACUUCCUCAUGAUAGACCCAUAGUGUGCAUUAGAUAGACCCAUACCUGUGCUGUUUACCUGUUACCUUCCUGGCUAUAGUGGUACAAAUCUGGACCAGAACUGAUGAAGUGGAACUGCACUUACAGGAGCACCUCUAGUGAAAUGUCCAUGCUUGCCCUUGGUUCUCUGUUAACCUUUGUCAAUUAGUACAUCAAGUGGUGUUUGCUCACUUCAGCAUCCAGCUCAGAGAUUUCAAGCUACAAGAGUUGAACCCAAGCUUUCUCCAGGUUUAAAAAAAAAAUAUGACUAAUGAUUCAAAGCUCUGAGUCACUAAAUAAAAGAAAAAUCUAAAGACUGAAAAAAAAUCCCAAAACCCGAGCUCACUGUACACACAUUAAGCUUGCUCCUUCUGUCAGCUUCAUACUAGAGGAGAGCAGUUGUCUGCAGGGCUUGGGUUGUGUUGCUGGGGGGAGGGUGGUCACUGAAGUAUUAUAUUAUAAUAAAAGAACAGUUGACAUUU